AGUUUUUCUUGAGAAAUUAGUUGACUUUUCUUUCAGAGCUCAGCCAGCGUUUGUGUUGACUGCUCAGAGUCCACGAACAGAGGCUGUUUUUGACAUUUUAGACCAUUGUCUCGCUGCUUUUAAUUUUCUUUUAGCUUUCUUCAACUGAACAAGAGGCAUAAACCAUGUCCUACUACAACUUUCUGCUGGAACCAAUCAGCUGUCAUGCCUGGAACAAAGACCGGACCCAAAUCGCAAUAUGCCCCAAUAACCACGAAGUCCACAUCUACAAGAAGGAGGGAGGAGACAAGUGGCUCAAGAUCCACGAGCUGAAGGAGCACAACGGGCAGGUGACAGGCAUUGACUGGGCUCCUGAGAGUAACCGCAUUGUGACCUGUGGCACAGACCGCAAUGCCUACGUCUGGACCCUGAAAGGCAACGUGUGGAGGCCCACUCUGGUCCUCCUGAGGAUCAACCGGGCUGCCCGAUGUGUCAAGUGGUCCCCCAAGGAAAAUAAGUUUGCUGUGGGCAGUGGAUCCAGACUCAUUUCAAUCUGCUACUUCGAACAGGAAAAUGACUGGUGGGUUUGCAAACACAUCAAGAAGCCGAUUCGCUCCACUGUCCUGAGUUUGGACUGGCACCCUAACAACGUCCUGCUAGCUGCGGGGUCAUGUGACUUCAAGUGCAGGAUUUUCUCAACUUAUAUCAAAGAGGUGGAAGAGAAGCCGUCCCCGACUCCCUGGGGCUCCAAGAUGCCGUUCGGAGAGCUGAUGUUCGAGUCGAGCGGCACGGACGGCUGGGUCCACUCCAUCUGCUUCUCCGGCAGCGGAGGGCGCGUGGCCUGGGUCAGCCACGACAGCACUGUGGCUGUGGCCACCGGCAGCAAGAACACAGUUAUUUCUUCUCUGCGCUCCGAGACCCUUCCCCUUCUGGGCAUCACCUUCAUCACAGAGAACAGCUUGGUUGCAGCUGGCCACGACUGCUACCCCAUGCUGUACGUUUACGACGAGGGUAAAAGUACCGUUACUUUCGGAGGGAAGCUGGACAUUCCGAAGCAGAACGCCCAGCGUGGGAUGACCGCCCGAGAGCGCUUCCAGAACCUGGACAAGAAGGCUUCCUCCGAGACCGACAAGGCCACCCUGGAGUCUGUGCACAAAAACAGCAUCAGCCAAAUCUCAAUUCUGGAAGGGGACAAAUCCAAGUGCAGCAAAUUCUGUACCACCGGAAUGGAUGGAGGAAUGACUAUUUGGGAUGUGAAGACUCUCGCAUCAUCAAUGAAAGACCUGAAGAUCAUCUAAGGCACAGAAGUAAGCUUUCAAAAUGCAAGGCUAUAAGCAAAAUCAAGAAUCAAUGCCAACUGCCGCUUUAUCAAUUAUUUUUAGCUUUUUAUUUAUGUAUAAUUCAGCACAGUGUUACUGUUCCCAUGUAUUGUUAAAGAAGAAUGGCUAGAAUUAUUUUUCCAUAUGCUGUUUUUUUUUUUUUUUUUAAUUUUGUAAGGGCUAGUUCCUAGAUCAGACAAUGUAUUACCGGUGAUGUAUUUUUAUACAAAUUUCUAAAGUGAUAUUCUCCCCCUCCCCCCAGUUAAAUCAAGUGAAACAUAUAUGCUGGUCAUAAGACGCUUUUAAUAAAUGCAAUAAAAAUAAAUUAUUAUUAUA